AUGGCCGAACCAAGACAGCUCGACUCGUAUACCGCUCCCAAGGAGAUUCUUGACGAAUUUGCGGCGCUUGCGGAUGAGGAAGAACACGAUCCCUCGGACAAGCACAAUCGCUAUCUCACCGACGAGGAGCUUGCCGUCUUGCCACAACUGCUUGCACCUGCCCCGUCGCCCGCGUAUACUGGUUUCCAGAUUCAAGAAGAUUCCGAUGCUGCAGCUGCCGCCGCCGCUGCCGGUCUUGCCCCCGAGCUCCCCACCGAGAUUCCUGGCGUCGGGUCCCUUGCGUUUUUCAAGGCCGAGGACGCCCAGUACUUUAGCAAAAUUCUCAAAGAGGAAGACGAGUCGGAGUUGUCCGUCGACGAACUCAAGGAGCGUAAAAUUAUGCGACUGCUUCUCAAAAUUAAAAACGGAACCCCUUCAGUGCGCAAGACUGCCCUUCGUCAAAUCACUGACAAGGCUCGCGAAUUCGGUGCCGGCCCACUUUUCGACAAGAUCCUGCCUUUGCUCAUGGAGCGUACGUUGGAGGACCAGGAACGCCACUUGCUCGUCAAGGUCAUCGAUCGCGUCCUUUACAAACUUGACGAUCUCGUUCGACCUUAUGUUCACAAGAUUCUCGUCGUUAUUGAGCCUCUGCUCAUUGACGAAGACUACUAUGCCCGUGUCGAAGGUCGUGAGAUCAUCUCCAACUUGUCCAAGGCUGCCGGUUUGGCCCAUAUGAUUUCUACCAUGCGUCCUGAUAUCGACCACGCGGAUGAAUACGUCCGCAAUACCACCGCUCGUGCGUUCUCUGUCGUUGCUUCCGCACUUGGUAUCCCCGCCCUCCUUCCUUUCCUCAAGGCCGUCUGUCGGUCUAAAAAAUCAUGGCAAGCCCGCCACACUGGUAUUCGCAUCGUCCAACAAAUUGCUAUCAUGAUGGGCUGCGCCGUUCUCCCCCACUUGCGCAACCUCGUCGACGCCAUCGCACAUGGUCUCAACGACGAACAACAAAAAGUCCGCACGAUGACCGCCCUCGGUCUCGCCGCCUCGCCGAAGCCGCCGCGCCAUACGGUAUCGAGUCGUUCGACAAUGUACUCAAGCCACUUUGGAUUGGUAUCCGUCAACACCGUGGUAAAGGUCUCGCUGCAUUCCUCAAAGCCAUCGGAUCAUCAUCCCCCUCAUGGACCCCGAAUUCGCGAGCUACUACACCAAGGAAGUCACGGUCAUUCUUAUUCGCGAGUUCCAGAGCUCGGACGAGGAGAUGAAAAGAUCGUGCUCAAGGUCGUCAAGCAGUGCGCUGCGACCGAAGGUGUCACGCCCGGGUACAUCAAAGAAGACAUUCUCCCCGAAUUUUUCAAGGCGUUUUGGGUACGUCGUAUGGCCCUCGACCGCAGGAACUAUCGCCAAGUUGUCGAGACGACCGUCGAGCUGGCUCAAAAGUCCGGCGUGGCGGAGAUUGUCGGUCGGAUCGUGAACGACUUGAAGGACGAGGCCGAGCCGUACCGCAAGAUGGUCAUGGAGACCAUCACCAAAGUCGUCGCGUCCCUCGAACAAACGACCGAGGACCAGGUCAUGCUCGACGGGUUCGGAACGGUCGUUAAUGCGUUUGGAAUUCGUGUCAAGCCGUAUUUGACUCAGAUUGUGUCGACUGUGCUCUGGCGUCUGAACAACAAGAGUGCCAAGGUUGGCGGUCGUGAUCAAGCAUGUGGGGAGGACCAACUGCUGAGCAAGCUCGGAGUAGUCUUGUUCGAGCAACUUGGAGAAGAAUAUCCCGAUACCCUGGGUAGUAUUAUUGCGGCCGAGGGUGCUAUUGCCAACGUUGUAGGAAUGACGCAGAUGCAACCGCCCGUCAAGGAUCUCUUACCGCGCAUGACGCCCAUCUUGCGCAAUCGACACGAGAAAGUACAGGAAGCAUCGAUCAACUUGAUUGGACGUAUCGCUGACGCCACGCUCCUCCAACUAGCUGAUCGUGGCGCCGAGUUUGUUCCAGCGCGCGAGUGGAUGCGUAUUUGUUUCGAGUUGCUCGACUUGUUAAAGGCUCACAAAAAGGGCAUUCGUCGCGCGGCUGUCAACUCGUUUGGGUAUAUCGCCAAGAGUUUAGGUCCACAGGAUGUCUUGUCCGUGUUGUUGACCAAUUUGCGUGUGCAAGAACGUCAGAGUCGUGUGUGUAGUACGGUCGCGAUUGCGAUUGUUGCCGAGACUUGCGGACCGUUCACAUGCAUUCCUGCUAUCUUAAACGAAUACCGCACGGCCGAACUGAAUGUGCGCACUGGUUGUUUGAAAGCUCUCUCCUUCGUGUUCGAAUACGUCGGCCCGCAAUCCGCCUUUUACUGCGACUCGGUCGUGACCAUGCUCGAAGACGCUCUAACCGACCGCGAUUUGGUGCACCGUCAAACAGCGAGCACGAUCGUCAAACAUCUCGCCCUCGGCGUUGCGGGACUAGGGUGCGAAGACUCGAUGCUCCAUCUCAUGAACCUCGUAUGGCCCAACUGCUUCGAGACCUCCCCGCACGUGAUCGGAGCGGUGAUGGAGGCCAUCGAGGCCAUGCGCGUCUCGCUCGGCCCUGGUGUCCUGCUCAACUAUGUCCUACAGGGACUGUUCCAUCCCGCGCGUAAAGUGCGAGAGGUGUACUGGAGGAUAUACAAUGCGUUGUAUUUGGGCGCUGCGGACGCGAUGGUUCCCUACUACCCGGACGUUGGGGAGCUGAGCGACGAGAAGAACACGUACGACCGACAUCCUUUGCAGUGGGGUGGUGUAAUGGAUGUUUGCCAUGUCCCUCUUCCGGAGCCCGAGUUUCCGACUCAAAAGCGGGAGAAAGCCCAGCGCCCCCCGCCGCUGCAGGAAAUGCCCGAAAACAAAGAGCAAGAGGCGUCUGGUGCGACUGAUAACGGACCUGGAUCCAGUUUCCUGAUCGUUCCCGACACAGCACGCUCGACGUUCUUUGCACUGCCAUCGGGAAUGAGCUCCCGGUCUUCGCUGUUCGGCCGCAACUCGACGAGCAGUCAGGACGAGAAAAAGGGCCCUUCGUUCUUCAAGUUUUCCAAUCUCAGCCGCGGAGCGAAAUGGGCUCGUUCGGAUGAGCUUACACGUACUUCGGGGAGUUCGGACGGCAGCCAUGCGUACGUACCCAAGUCCAAACGCUCCGAAUCUGCCUCGAAUCUUCUUGAACUUGUCAAGAAUGACACCAGCGCCCCGCCGAGCAACUCUAAUGUCCGCCAGCGGUCUCGUACGCUCAGCACUAAAAGCCUUCCGGACACUCCUGACCACCAACGCCGCGUGUUCACAGAGCUACCGCCGCUCGCCAUCCCCCCGCCCUCCACCACCCGUGUGAGCCUUGAGACCCCGGCAAAGCCCAAGGCUGUGACCGUCCCUCCAAGGCUGAGCUUGGAUACCCCUAUCCACCGAGUUUCCCCUAUUAGGCUUCCUGACCCCGCCUCGCCUACUUCCCCUGGCCUCGACGAGUCCACCGUCACACUCAACAUGGGUUUGCACAGUCCCUCCCCUACUAUAAUCUCCGCUACAACCAUGUCCACCAUCCAAGAGUCCCUUCUCGGCGACUAUGGUGUCAGCACCAGCUCUUGCGAAUCUGACCAUGAUCAAACCUUCGCGUCUGGAGAAGACGAAUACGGUCAUAAACCCAAUUCAGUCGAACCCACCGAUUCAAAGAAGCAACUCGACGGAUCAGGCCGUGUUCCUCCCAAGCUCACUGUCACUUCGUCGGGCCAAACAUCUCCAUUGGAGCCACCCGGUCGCGAUGAGCCCGUGGACUUGUUGUUCGCAGGUCCUCCAGAGCUUCCGGACGUGAUCCCACCGUUCAAGGAUCCUCUUGAAUCCUACUUUGCUGAUAUACCGAGUAGAUCCUCCAGCCGCAGUAGCCUCCGUUCUUCGGAAGCCAGCACAUCCCGGCUUAGUGUACCAACAACACCCGUGCACAAGUUGGCGGCGAACCCGGUCCAAGAAAUGAGUCCAACAUCCCCGGUGUCGUCCCUUUCGCCUUCGCCAUCUCCUCGGAAACCCCGUCCACGCAAGGUCCCGCCAGCAUUAACAUCGCAACAUAGGUCAUCACCAAGUCGCUCCAACACGUUGACGGUGCCCAUUGACGAACCUCCUCCAACUCCCUCAUCCCCCUCGUUUCUCCUUGGUCUAAGUUGGCCCCGGCCACCUCUACGCCAGAUCUACAUUGACUCUGGCAAACCGAAUGCAUCCUGGCAUGCGGUGUCCCGGACCAUUGACGAGCAGCUCAUUGACGGAACAGGAAUGGUGAACACGGAUCCUUGUCAUGUUAUCAUAAUAGCAAAUGCUGGUGCGGGCAGCGGCAUUGCUGGCAAAUUCAUCCAUUCUGGAAUGAGCGGUGGGAGAAGAAGAAGCGGUACUGUGAUGCGGGAUCAACAACCUCUAACCCCCACUGCGGUAUCCGCCCUGACUUCGUUCGCAAUCCAAACUGCGCCUCUGGUUAGCACAUGA